UUCAUUUAAUCAAUCAAAAUGAUUCAAUUAUAAUAUUAAAUUUAUUGAAAGCUAAACCUAUUGAUGUUGGUGAUUAUGAAUGUCGUCAAAUAAUGUUAUUGGAUUUAAAUUCUACAAAAAUUCUUCAUAUACAUCGUUUUGCUGUUAGAGCUAAACCAAGAAUUCGAUCAGAAUUAUUUGGUAAAAAUGUAAUUUCACAAACAGUAUGGGCCAAUGAAGAAUGGCGAAUGAAAUGUUCAUUUGUUUCGAAAUAUCAUCAAAUCAAUUCUACAUUGGAUAUUGUUCGUAUAGAAGAAGUAGAUGAUGAUCAUCAUCAUCAUAAUAAUGGUAAUGUUGGUGGUGGUUAUAUUUUCUCAUAUGAUAAUUAUACAAAAAUUAAAAAUAAAACAAAACAAUGGUUACAUCGAAACAAUGAUCGUGUCCAAAUUCAACUAUAUAAUAUGGUGAUGGCCAAACAGCAACAAUCAUCAGAUAAUAAUAAUAAUAAUAAUCAAACCGUAAUUGAAUUGAAAAUAUCAAAUGUAAAUUUUAAAGAUCGUGGUUAUUUAGGUUGCAUUGGUAUCAAUCCAGUGGCUAAUGAUAAUUUAUUAAUAUUAUUACGUGUUAAUGAUAGAAUUCGUAUCCUAUGUCCUAUUAUUGUGAUUAUUACAUUAUCAUUAUAUUUAUUUACUAUAAUCACCAUUUAUGAAUAUCGUCGAAUCAGUCCAUUUAGUCUAUUACAAUUGGAUUAAAAGCUGUGUGUACAGUACAUACAGAUAUACGACAAUAAAAAAAAAACAACAACAACCUCUCACUCUCUCUUUUUACAAUUCUUCAAUUCUGAUUGAAAAUAUCGACCAUCACACAUGUUUCGUUUUUUUUUUUGGUCACACAAUUUGACUUUAUGAUAUAGGCGUGAUGAUAUAGUUGGUUGAGGUAGUGGAACUGAUCCAUUCUGGAUCACCACCAAUGGAUGAAUCAUCACAAUAAGAAUCGUAACACAUGUCUAUAUAUAUAUGUAGUAAUGAAUGAUAGUGGUUAAUGGGGAAAAAAAUCCAGAUUCAGAAUGCUGGGUACCUUGUGAUGAGC